UUUGUGAAAAAUUGAGUAGUAAUAUGAAAGACAGAGUUAGAUAGAGAGACAAUAAGUCUUAAAAAUUUGGUCUUUUUGAUUUGUUUUGUUUUUUCAGCCAAAAGAGGAGAAAGGGACAAGAUCCCCGAAAGGCGUGCCAAUUUUCAGAGUCAAUUUACUCCAUUCAACAAGGAUGUAUACUAGAUUGAUACACCCCCAUGAAGGAAUUGUUGGACAAGAUGAUUUGCAAUCUGGUGUUGCUGCUGUCAAUCAUAAGGGUGAUCCUUGUCUUGUUUUGACUGCUGAUCCAAAACCUCGUCUUCGUUGGACUCAAGACCUUCAUGAACGCUUUGUUGAUGCUGUUACUCAGCUUGGAGGUCCCAGUAAAGCUACACCGAAAGCAAUCAUGCGGACAAUGAACGUCAAGGGUUUAACUCUAUUUCAUUUAAAGAGUCAUCUUCAGAAAUACAGACUCGGUAAGCAAUCGGGAAAAGAUAUAGGGGAGGGAUGCAAAGAUGGGAUGACAGGUUCCUAUCUUUUAGAAAGCCCUGGCACCGAUAACUCAUCUCCGAAGUUACCUACAUCCGAUACAAACGAGGGUUAUGAAAUCAAGGAGGCAUUAAGAGCACAGAUGGAAGUGCAAAGUAAACUACAUUUGCAAGUGGAGGCAGAGAAGCACUUGCAAAUUCGCCAGGAUGCGGAGCGAAGAUACAUGGCAAUGCUUGAAAGAGCGUGCAAGAUGCUGGCUGAUCAAUUUAUAGGUGCUUCUGCUAUAGACACAGACAGCCAAAAGUUUCAAGGAAUUGAAAAUAAAGCACCAAGAGCUCCCUUGGUUGACCCUCUUGGCUUUUACUCCUUGCCGUCUACUGAGGCGGCCGGAGUGAAUGUUCCAGAAGAUGAAAUUCCUCCAAGCCUCCCACCCCAAAGAGCCGAUUGCUCAACCGAAAGUUGUUUAACAUCGCACGAGAGCUCUGGAGGAUUGACUCUAGAAGGAUCUCCAAGUGCAGGGAAACGGAGAAUGGUAGGCAUGGAGUCAAUGGCGGCGCCUUUGAUUUGGAGUGAAGCAAAGAUGAAAGCUCAAGCCAUCAAUAUAGGUCAAGGGAAUCACCAUCUUGGAAUAACUAGGUAUGGCAUGUAAGCAUGGUGAUGGUUCAAUAGAGAUACACCAUUUUGCUUCAUUACUUUUCGUAUCUUACCUCUUCAUGUCUGGUAAGGUAGUGGAGAACAAAGGUGGGAUCAGUUUAUCCAUUUUGUAAAUUAAAACUACCCUAUGGCUUUCAAGCAUUUCAUAAAACCAUACAAACGGCUCUUGAUUGUUA